GCCGCUGAUCGAGCUCUCCAAUCCUGGGGCCAGCGGCUCCCUCUUCUACGUCACCAGCGACGAUGAGUUCAUCAUCAAAACUGUGAUGCACAAAGAGGCAGAAUUCCUCCAGAAACUUCUUCCGGGUUAUUAUAUGAACCUGAACCAGAAUCCACGGACGUUGCUGCCCAAGUUCUACGGUCUCUACUGCGUCCAAUCCGGGGGCAAAAACAUCCGUGUGGUGGUGAUGAAUAACAUCCUUCCCCGGGUGGUGAAGAUGCACCUGAAAUACGACCUCAAAGGCUCCACCUACAAACGCCGGGCGUCCAAGAAAGAGAAGGAGAAGUCAAGCCCCACCUACAAAGAUUUGGACUUCAUGCAGGAUAUGCCCGAGGGCAUCAUGCUGGACACGGACACAUUCAACGCUGUGGUGAAGACACUGCAGAGGGACUGCUUGGUGCUGGAGAGUUUCAAAAUCAUGGACUAUAGCCUGCUCCUUGGGGUGCACAACAUAGACCAGCUGGAACGGGAACGACAGGUUGACGGUGCCCAGAGCAUGUCGGAUGAGAAACGCCCCGUGGGGCAGAAGGCUCUGUAUUCCACCGCCAUGGAGUCGAUCCAGGGAGGGGCUGCUCGAGGGGAACCCAUUGACACGGAUGACACAAUGGGGGGUAUUCCAGCAGUGAAUGGCAAAGGAGAGCGUCUGCUGCUGCAUGUUGGGAUCAUCGAUAUCCUCCAGUCCUACAGGUUAAUCAAGAAACUGGAGCAUACGUGGAAAGCUCUCGUCCAUGACGGGGACACGGUGUCAGUCCACAGGCCCAGCUUCUACGCAGAAAGGUUCUUCAAGUUUAUGACCAAUACAGUGUUCAGGAAAAGCUCUUCCCUGAAAGCAUCUCCCUCAAAGAAAGGACGGAGUGCCUUGUUAGCCGUUAAGCCAUCCGGCCCAAUGGCUGCGUUCUCUGCCAGCCAGAUUCCUUCGGAGAAGGACGAAGUGCAGUAUGACCUCCGGGGAGCCAGGAGUUACCCCACCUUAGAUGACGAAGGUGCUAAAGUUAACCACGACAGGGGGGAAGGCCGGCCUGAUCUUCUUCCCUGCACCCCUCCCUCUUUCGAAGAAGCAACCACCGCCUCUAUAGCCACCACACUCUCUUCCACAUCUCUCUCCGUGCCGGAAAGGUCUCCUUCUGAAUCCUCCGAGCAGCCCAGAUACAGGCGGCGUACACAGUCCUCAGGACAAGAAGGAAGGAUUCGCGAACAGACCCGAGCGGAAGAUGACCUCCAGCAGAUCACUGUGGAGCUCAAACCGAAGUGUGAUAUUGAGAUUGUGGUGCCUGAUGUGGCUGCUGCAGGAGAGGCAGCGUCCUUAGCGUGUGCCACCAUGCUGUCGGCAGCAGCGGCAGUGGAGGUUGAGACAGCAAGCCAGGCCUCUGAACCUGCCAGCCAAGCUUCGGAUGAAGAGGAGCUCCCGAUCCCGGAUAUCUAUUUUUAACUCCUAUGCAAACUCCUCGAGAGAAACGUUCCUCCUGACGCCGUUUGCGGCAUUCCCUUUCGAUGUUCCUUGCAGCUUUUCGGAGGGAAGGCGUGGAAGAAUGUCGUGCAUCAGCGUCGGCUGUGCUUCAGCAUCCCAGCGUUACCCGGAAGGACAAAGACAAACUGCCCCGAGUCCCAUCUCCUUCCUCCCACCAUCCUUUCUCCAAAACGUGUAUAUUAAUACCUCUCCAAGCAGCUACCCACAAAACUGAUCUUGGCCCCAGAGACAUCAGAGGUCGGAAGGAAUUUGAUCCUGGGUCACCACCUCUCUCUCUCUCUCUCUCUCUAUUUAUUCCCAAAGUGCACUACUGUAGCUCUCUUAUCUGUAUGUGAUACUGUGAACAUUUUUUUUAAAAAAAAAUCAUGUAUUU